AGAGGGUGAGGAUUGGGCUCAUGCAGCUGGAUGUAUUUGCUCUUGUAGCCAAAUCGAGGAGAGGAUAAAAGGCUAGGUCCAUGGACGGGAACCCCAUUUCAGAGCGAUGGAUCUGAUCCUGCUGGGUGCUUUGCUCUCCAACUCCUGCAUACCUCUUUCUGGAGGGACCUUCUCCAUCGACCAGCCUCUGUUCCAAAGCUACAUGCAAGAGGCCACCAAUGGCACCAGCGACCAAACAAAGAGGCACUGGAGCUACUAUGUGCUGAUUGUUGUGGCCCUCACUGGCUCCUUGGUCUUCCUCUGCUUCUGUUCUCCUGCCCUUAAAUGGCUGCUUUCCCGCUGCCUCCGCUCCAAUGGAGAUGAGGCAAGGACUCCCUUGAGGGACGCUCGCUGCAGUCGAUGCUGGCCCCCAAACUAUGGCACCCUCUCUGAGACUGUGGUCCCACCGCCCCUCAUUCCCAAGGACACCCAAGAACACACUGGAGGCCAAGAAGCCCCAGGAGAAGUCCCCAAGGCUUCCGUGGAGAAGCGUGGAGACCAACCUGGAACUGAUUCAGAGAUCACCUUGGAAGUGGAAGAUGCUGAAGGCCAAGAAGCCCCAGGAGGUCCCAAAGCUCCAGUGGAGAAGCGUGGAGACCAACCUGGAGCUGAUUCGGAAGUCACCUUGGAAGGGGAAGAUGCUGGAGGCCAAGAAACCCCAGGAGGCCUGAAGGCUCCAGUGGAAAAACGUGGAGACCAACCUUGAGCUGAUUCAGAAGUCACCUUGGAAGGGGAAGACCUGGCCUAAGCAGCGGUGGCCCCAGUAGCCCUCCGUCAAGCAAACCUUGCUCUGUACAAUCAUCAUUUUUAGGCUGUAUGACAUUUUAAUCUCAUAUUAUCGAAUAGGGUGGCUAUUCUUUUAAAUGCAACAACUUCCCCAAAUUUUCCUUUUACAAACACCAUGCUGGCAUUACACCCAUCGCCUUUUGGUGCCAGGAUGAGUAGCUUGUAACUCUCUAUAUGUUGGACAGCAAGUCCCAUCAGCCCCCAUCAGUCAAUGGUGAAGGAUGGUGGGAGUUAAAUACUACCAACAGCUAGAAUGCCUUUACUUUGUACCAAAUGCUCCCCAACUUUAGAGCAGGGUAACCAAGUGUAGCUUUCCAAACAUUGGACUCUAAUUCCCAGCAUUUCUGGAAUGGUUGGGACUGGGGUUUGCAAUCUAUAUAGUCCCCAUCCUGUUACAGAGACUUACCCCAAUAUUUGGCUACAGCGCCCAGCAUUCCAAACUUCUGGUUGUUGUAGUCCAACUGUUCAAUUGCUGGCACAGAGACUAUUUCUCCAAAGAGCUUCAUAGCCAAGACCAGACAAGAAAUUAUAUCAUUGAAACUCCCCAUGAAACAUCUGAGCUGGCAAUACCUGGGCAUCCUGAAUCCUAGAGCAAUGCAAUUUGGGUUGCUUUACCUACAAAAUAAUUCUAGUCCAACUGAUAUUUCCUUUUGAACUCUGAAUAUUUAGAUUGUUCAUAUCUCUGGAGGCAAAACUAAGGGUAAAUGUGCCUUAUGGAGUUUCUAUGUUACAUGGGGUUGCCUUUUUAAACAAACUUUAAAAGUUCCACAAUCACUUCUGUGAACUUGAACCCAAAGAAGCCAUAAUCACUUUCUGAACACACUACUUUGAAGACACAAGAAGAAUCUGUAUUCUUCCCACAGACACACAACAUUAUGUUUUCAAAUCUAGGCACCAAAGUAUCUGAAAUAAAGUAUGUAUCAUUUUGCAA